AUGUCGUGGCUCAUGCGGGGGAUCCAGUCCGCCGUCUUCCACUAUGUCUCGUGCGCCCCAUGCACUGGAUACAUGUAUCGCAAUAAGAGGCGGAAGCAGGCCAAGAAGGAGAGGAAGGCGAGACAGCGCCUGCAUCUGGAACAGCCUGAGCUGUACCAUCACCCUGAGCCCUCGGGCACUAAUCCGUUCUGGACCGAAGAGAUAACCAUCGGCCCCGGUCCCCCUCCACGGAGAGCUCGCGGGAAGACGAAUGCUACCACGGGCAGUCGGACGGAGAGCCAGAGGGCAAUUACUACGGCAGGGACACACAGCACUGUUGUGAGCCAGGGUGGGAGUAGCAUUGACGUGCGCCAAGCCGACGACCCCUCGCGACUGAGCGACGACACCCUGGACGACGACAAUUGGAAUCGCAGGCGCUAUCAGAGAGAGGACGAAGACCUCUGGGGGUUCGGCGAGCCGGAGAGCGCGGUUGCCGCUAUGCCAGGCUCGUCGGUCGGCGUCGGCGGUUUGAGCAGGCCAGGCACGUCGAAAUCGUCCGCAGAAAGCUACUAUACCGCCCGAGUCCCUCCCGUAAACGACCUCCACCCUCCAGUCGUCAGCCUCCCGUCUCCGCACCCUUCCGACAACCGCUGGAUGCUCCAACCUCCACCCAAAGCUAGCGUCAUGAGUGGAAAAGAAAGAGCUACCAACAGAAGCCGCAGCGGGAGUGGCGCAAGUAGCCGUGUGGAGCUGAGCCUCCAGCGUCAAGUGAGUGCGAAGCAAUUACGGCACAAGCUCGAGCGCGGAGAGACGCCUGAGAUGCCUCCUCUGUCUCGAGGAAGUUCUUACAGCAAUUUCCAGAAAACGAUCGAAGGCCAGCGCCCAAGGACCCCGCAGGCGCGGCCACCGUCGGCAGCGAGCUCACGCAAGAAGAAGCGGCGGGAUACUGCCCACACCAAGAUGACCGAGCUCGAACCGUCUUCUGGCUCCUCCAGCGAUACCAUCGUCCAUGGUGCACCUAUAGGGGCCGUCACCACACCACCAAGCUCUUCAAUCCCUACCCUCAAGGUCGUUCGUGUCCGGACGAGUCGUCAGCGGCUCUCAACCAUCCUUGCCCCUUCUGAGAACAACCUCCCUAGGAAAUCUUCACCAGGAAAGCGCACUCAGCAACCUACCAAGUACUCUUCAACCGCAUCAUCCGACUCCAUACCCUACUACACGAAGCAUCGAACUCCUCUAGCCUCCUCCGAUGUCUCAUCCCUCAAUGUUCUCCAGGAUCUAGUGUCUCCGCGCGCCCUCCUCAAUUCUCGAUUCGUCUCAGCUCCAUUGAUGGAAGCAAGGAUCAAGCUCCCACCAUCGGAUACCGACGAAGAGAAGGUGCUCCGUGGUGAGAGAUCGACUGUCUGGGCAGGAAGCGGCUUUGGCAUCAGCCGAGACUGGGCCACCGACCAGAUUGACAGCGAUCGCACCAGAACUCCAUUCGACAGCUUGGGUGUGCCCCCACGCGAUCCGAGGAUGAGGUGGAGUGUGGACUUCUGA